AUUACGUAUAGAUUGAUUACAUAUUAACAAUUAUCAAGUAGCGAUAAUGUCAAUAUUGCUGCACAUCACAUUAUAUAAACGCAACAAAAUAUGUCUCCGAGCCCAAUAUCAUUUAUCAUUAAUUAUAAUCUCAAGUAUGAUUGGCUAAUGAUCUCAUGGUAUAUCCGACAUAUCGGUGGUAGACAUUCUCAGCAAGAAGAUGCAAAAAUGUUCGUCAAACAAUCAUUUCUCAUCACUUUUAUGCUUGUAACGCUGCUUCUUGGCGGAUGUUGUUCAAGUGGAAAUAAGAAGAACGAUAAACGAAGAAGGUGUCCGCGACGUCAAAUUAAAGUGUUUGGUAACAUUGGUACAAUUGAGACUCCAGGCUACCCACAACCUUAUCGUAGACAUCAAAUAUGUUUGUGGCGAAUUAAAGUACCAAAAGGUUACUUUGUGCACUUGGAUUUUCACGAUAACUUUGGUAUCGACUGCCGUUCUAAGGACCGUGUAGCGGUGAGUUCCUCUGAACUGUACUAUAGAAAGAAGCCACGUGGUUCAAGGACGACUGUGGUAUUCUGUGGGAUGUCGCAAAUCGUAAAUGUUACAGUCCCAGGCAAACAUAUGUGGAUUCGUUUUAACGCUGAUAUUGAGAGAAGACGACGUAACAUUGGAUUUAGAGCAACCUAUACAGCUAUAGACAAUGAUGAAUGUAAGGGAGACAAUAAAUGUGCACAGAACUGUAUCAACACAAUUGGAAGUUAUCGUUGUUCAUGUAACGUCGGAUACAUACUGAAUAAAAAUGGUUUUAACUGUUCAGCGUACGAGUUAAGGUUUGAAAGAAAGGCAUACAACAAGACUAUUUCAAAGACUAUUCCAAAGUACACACUGGUACUGACUGUUAAUGCAUACACUGUUGGCGUUAAGAAACCUGUGAAAUACAGCUUAAUAAGGAAAUAUCCCAAACAAAAUGACAUUGGUUCUUAUCCGUUCAGAAUAUCAUCAACCACAGGCGAAAUCACAUCAGUACGUCAUCUGCCACCGAAAGUAAAGAGUUAUCAAAUGACGGUGAAAGCUGAAGUGAAUCGUGUUAGAUAUGCCUUUGUUCCAGUCCAAUUCGAUAUACGCGCGAUAUCGCCCACCAUAUCAAAUAUCAAAUUUUCCAGAUCUUCCUACUCAAUCGUUAUCAGCGAUAAACUAAAACCUGGCAGUAGAAUUUAUGAUGUGCCAAUACAACCUCCAAAAGCAGCGCAAUAUAUAAUGUUCGAUAUCUCCGGCAAAAACCGUUACUUCUCUAUUGAUAAAUAUCAUGGUACAUUAGAAUCAAAAUACGAUUUUAGCACACUUAAUUUAACUACAAAUUCAUCAAAGCUGUUCCGCUUUACAGUAGUUACGAAACUACGAGAAAGCUCGACCAUAACAGCUUCAGCGAAAGUCGAAGUCAUCGUAAUUCCCGCGUUUUCCGGCGAUCAUUUUAACCAUCUCGUGGAAAAAACAGAGGAGAAUAUGUUGGAUGAGAGAGCAGGUAGUCCAGUCUCAGAAUUUGCAUUUCAUCGCUUCUUCCGUCAAUUGUCACCGACCGCACAGAUCAUUUCAAAAGCAGAAAUGAAAUUUGAUAAGAUUAUCAAAGAGCUUCGAGAAAGCGUUGUCGAUGAGUUCAGAGAUAAACGUCUUCAAACAGAUCGGCGGAUCAUUACAAAUCUUUCGCCAAUAUUCCUAGCCUCCCACGACAAAUUAGAGGAGCUCAUUGAUACCACUCAUUGUAUCAUUCCAAAAGCAAAUUGUUCAGAUUGGGACCUAAAAUACCGAAAAAUUGACGGUACUUGCAACAAUCUGGAACAUCCCCUGUGGGGGGCAGCGAAUGUCCCAUUUAAUAGGAUAAUCAAAGCCAAGUAUUGGGAUACAGAAGGAGAUGGUGAACCUUACGGAUUUCCAGGGCAAGAUUCAGGCGUGCAACUACCUUCACCACAUUUGAUUAGUGAACGUUAUAUAAAGCGCAGAAUCCACGAUAAGAAAAACGGAAAGUUUACACAUAUGAUGAUGCAAUGGGGUCAAUUCCUGGAUCAUGAUGUUACAUUCACAGCAGAGAGUGAAGGCUCUUUUCGUUGUGCAUUGCCAAGUUGCGACGGAAGGAAGGAAGACUAUGUUUACCCAUGCUAUCCCAUAAAGUACCCUGAUCCAGAGCGUGGUUGUACGACAUUCACACGGUCAGCUGCUGCUUGUCAAAUUGACCCCACAAAUAUCAAAAGUCGGGAACAAUUAAACAUAAUCACCUCCUACAUUGAUGGAUCCCAAAUAUACGGUUCAAGUCUUGAAAAUGCAGAUGCUUUACGUGUGUUUACAAAAGACUAUCCUGGUUUUCUUAAAUUAAAUGCUACAACGCAUCUCCUACCUGAUUCAGAGAAAAAUCUAAAUCCUCCACACAACCUCUGCGACUUCACUGGAGGAUGUUUUGCUGCGGGUGAUUUGCGGGCUAACGAACAAAUAGUGUUAGCUUCCAUGCAUACAAUGUGGGUGUAUGAACACAAUCGACUGGCAGGAAUAUUAAAAUAUAUCAAUCCACAUUGGGAUUCUGAACGAAUAUUUCAAGAAGCAAGAAAGAUUGUGAUAGCAGAGUUACAACACAUCACUUACUCUGAAUAUCUCACGAAAUUUCUCGGAAAAGAAGCUAUACCAGCUUACGAAGGCUACGACGAGAGUGUCGACACGACGAUCUUUAACGCUUUUGCCACGUCAGCAUUCCGAGCAUGUCAUAGCAUGGUGCGGAAUUCUUUCUCAAGAGUUGAUGGAAAUUUUGAACCUAUUGGCAAAGACAUUCCGUUGAAAGAAUCAUUCUUCAACAACAGAUUAUUGCACGAAGUUGGGUUUCAACCAUUCAUUCUGGGUCUAAUGGGAAAUUUUUCAGACACCAUCAAUAGAGAAAUGUCCGUACAUUUGACAGAUCACUUGUUUCAACAACCAGGUUCAGGAAAUGGCUUUGAUUUAGCUGCUUUGAAUAUUCAACGCGGCCGUGAUCAUGGUCUGCCGGGUUACGGAUUCUGGAGACGAGAAUGUGGCCUCCCGGAGGUAGCAACCUUUGCGGAAACUCAUAACGAAAUCAGCGAGGAGAAAGCAAGGAAUAUUCUGGAUGAGUUAUAUGACAGUGUUGUCGAACACGCUGAUCUCUGGGCGGUUGGUAUAGGAGAAGACCAUGUUCCUGGAGCGAUGAUUGGACCAACAUUUCAUUGCAUAUUAAAGAGUCAAUUUACUCGGUUAAGAGAUGGUGACAGAUUCUGGUACGAACGUCCAGGAGUAUUUACUUCAGAUCAAUUGAAAGAGCUCAGGAAAGUAUCUUUAUCGCGCGUUGUUUGUGAUAACGUGUACAAUGCCGUGUCUCUGCAGCCGGAUGCAUUUUUGCCACCCAUCAAUGACAAUCAGAGAAUAGAAUGCCAAUUUGGCUUGCCUGCGUUGAAUAUGAGCAAGUGGAAAGAAGAAAAAACAACAAGUGUAGACGUUGUGGCGACACAACCUGCGACGUGGAGUGACUGGGUCAACACAACAAAGACAGCUACUGGUUCUUGGGCACUGGCGGACCAUCGAAAAUUAUGCAAUAAUUAUACCUCAAUUAGAAUAGAGUGUACCACUAGUGAUGGCAAGAACGCAGACACGACGGGUGAAAACUUUGAAUGCGACAAUAAUCUUGGAUUUGUUUGUAGAAAUAUUGAACAAGAGGGAAUAAAAAAAUGUAGUAAUUAUAGAUUCAGACUGAGAUGUUCCAAAACAAAUAAAUUAGCCCCACAAGAGAGAUAUCAGAGCACAGAUCUGCCGAAAAUUGAUUUUGAAAACACCUACGAAUGCGACCCAAAAUUCAGAAGACGAUACUACCAAAUAAGCAUACUGCAACAGGAGGCAAGCCAAGCCAUAACAAUUUCAUCACCGUCUCAAAAUCAUGCAGGAGUGGAGUAUCUGUAUCUUGGUAAACACGUGGGGGGAAAUAAACAUCGCUUUCUAAUCCAAUUCGACUUGGCAAGAAUUCCUACGAGAGCGAGACUGUUGUCGGCAACCUUGCAGUUGUUCUUAGUAAAGGCUGGUAACGAAGAAGAUGGAUUAGAACAUACUGUAGAGGUUUAUCCAAUUACCAGUACUGAAUGGCACGAGUCCAAUACGACAUCCGUUGUCCCGUGGCAUAAAGAUUAUCUAGGAAUAGAUGAAGAUGUGGAUAAGUCAAGCGUUAAAAGAAGUGGCCUAAUUCAUUCGGGAGACGAAGAAAAACGGAUCAAUAUUGAUGUAUUAAGUUCAGUCAUCGCCUGGAAAACGAAAACAAAUCGACGUAAUUAUGGAUUUAUGGUGAAACUGGAAAAUGAAGAGCAAGCUAUAUCCUUACUCCGCUUUGCUUCACAGUCACAUAAAAACAGAUCUGUUCACCCUGUCUUGCGUGUGUGUCUUGUUGCUCUAAUAUGGUAAAAUAUACGUCUGUGUCUUCUUACUCUAAUAUGGUAAAAUAUACAUGUAUGUGGCGAAUUUAUGUGUUACGAGAAAAUAUUAAAAAAGCAUAUUUGAACGUCUCAAAUAGUUAUGAGAAUCUUGUGAUAUAGUUAUAAAACUAAAUGUACCAAAUACAAAUAAUGUAUUUUGAAUAUAAAAAACUUCUGUUAAAGGACAUAUUGUCAACAAAAUAUUUUUAAUACAAUAUAUAGACAGUUAUCAGUUUAACCUUGAGUCACUUGUAUGGAUUAAACUUUGCAAAAAAUGCAAUUUUAUGUUUAAGUAAAUUUUACUCGUGUUUUGAGUAAUUUGAAGUAACUAGUCAAUAAAUUGAGCACGUUUUACUCUUUUUCUCCAGCAGGAUAAUUUUACUCAUUAU